AUGGGGUUGCAACACAGACAUCGGAAAGGCAUUUGAGCUAAUCCUUAGCGUAGCCAAGAGGUCAGAAGCAACGAAGGAGGACAUGCCUCGGGUUCUGAUAAUACUGUCUGACAUGGAGUUUGAUGCAGCCUCGGUGCAGUCUGCGGGCGGAAACAUCUUCACAGCCUACGAGGCCUACGAGCACAGAUUCAGAAGCGAGGGAUACGAAAAGCCCAUUGUUGUGUUUUGGAACCUACAGUCAAGGAACAGACAUGUCCCCGUCAAGUUUGACGAAGCUGGGACCAUUCUUGUGUCAGGGUUUUCCCCGUCGCUAAUGAGGUUUGUCAUUGGCAGCGAUCCUCUGGACAUAACACCCCGAGGAUAA